AUGUAAAUUGAAUCAGACAAUUAAGUUACAAAUCAGAGUUACUCUUUUUUUAGGUAAGAGAAUACGAUUUUGGAUGAUAAAAAGUUUAUGGAAAUAUUGUAGAAAUGGGGUCUAUAACAUAGCAUCAAAGUGAGCACAUUUUUAUUUGAUAUCAAAUUUGAUCAUCUAAAUCCAAAUCAAUUUUUGUUGGAUUUAUUCAAUUCUAAGGACGUAAGAGGUUCAUUGCAUUAUGUUUCAUUUAAAUAGAAUGUGUUGCUAUCAUAGAUUAAAUUUUAACCUUUGACAUGCAAAUCCAUAAAAUUGGACUUAUUCGAUAAGUUAACAGAAGAUAAAAUUGUUGUCAAGGGUCACAUCAAGUAGUGUUUCGAGGAAUAAUUUGAAAAUAUUCAGAUAGCUGAUGAAUUACGUAAAGCACUUGUUUUGGAAGAUUCGGAACAAUAUUGUGUAUUCAAUGAAGCUGACAGAUAAGAAUUAUUAUUCAAAUUAUUCCAAAUUCUAGUUCUGGGGGGAUAGCUUUGUUAAUAUGAAGAUGAAAUACAAGCCUAUUUAGAUUGGACAAAGUAUUUAUACAAAAACACAGUCAAUGCUCGAAAAUAUGCAGAUAAGGAUGAGAUUUACAUAGAUUCUUAUGCUUAUGACAUUAGGAAAUUAGAGAACUCUUACAGUUCAGAUCAUCCAUAAAAUGUAAUGUAUGUCGUUGUGAACCCAUCAUUAAGAAUUGUUAAUAUCAUAGAAAACUAAUGGUUAAAAGUAUGGUGA